UAUGAAGCGCCAAGUCUCCAGACUCUGUAUUCUCAGACUUACCACUUUUUAAAUUGCUUUUACGACUUAAAAUGCCUGGUUAGGUUUUGUAAAAAUUUAAUUAUCUUAUUCUUUCUCCUCAGAAUCGUCAUUAUAUAUAAAAUUGGACAUCAUUUUAGGUGAAUAAUUUUCACACACACACCCCUCUUACCACAAUGGUUUCACCCAUCAUGGACGCCAUUCAGUGAAGUAAAAUCACUGUCAGGUCUUUGCUGCAAUACAUCAUGAGUGAGCUGAAGGACUGCCCCCCACUGAAAUACUACGACUUUAAGCCCGUGGAGCAUGUCAAGGUAUGCCCCCGCUACACUGCUGUGCUGGGCCGCUCAGAGGAUGAUGGCAUCGGCAUCGAAGAGCUGGAUACCCUGCAGCUGGAGCUGGAGACACUGCUGUCGUCAGCUACCCGCCGCCUCCGAGCACUGGAAGAGCAGAGACAGAUCCUUACAGACUGGCAAGAUAAGAAGGGAGAUAAACGCUUUCUGAAGUUGGGAAAAGACCCAGACCCCGCUGCCUCAUCUCGCCACAAACCAAAGAAGCAGAAAUUGGACGGUAAAGGGGGUCAUGGGCCAGGCCAAGGUCCCGGCAGACCCAAAACUAAAAACCUGCAGCCAAAAGUACAAGAGUAUGAAUUUACAGAUGACCCUCAAGACAUUCCCCGCAACCCUAAAAAUGAUGCUCCCAACAGAUUCUGGGCCUCAGUGGAGCCAUACUGUGCAGAUAUUACAAAUGAAGAAGUACGAUUGUUGGAGGAGCUUCUUAAACCACCAGAGGAUGAAGCAGACUACUUCAAGAUUCCAGCAUUGGGAAAACACUACUCUCAGCGGUGGGCUCAGGAGGAUCUGCUGGAGGAGCAGAGGGAAGGAGCACGAGCCAACGACAAAAAGAAAAGCGUCAUGGGAGGGCCGCUUUCUGAAUUGGACGCAAAAGAUGUGGACUCGCUGCUGAAAAAGUCAGAAUCCCAACACGAAUCUCCAGAAGACGGUUGUCCCUUUGGUCCUCUCACACAGCGUCUGCUCCAGGCCCUUGUAGAGGAGAACAUUAUAUCCCCCAUGGAGGAUUCCCCUAUACCGGACAUUUCAGGAAAGGAUGCUAACGAUGGUGCUGGGACUUCACCCCGAAGCCAAGGAAAAGCUUUUAGCGUUCCUCAUACGCGCUCCCUGGAGGCUCGAAUCAAAGAGGAGCUGGUAGCCCAGGGGUUGCUGGACUCCGAGGAGCGACCUGGCCAGGGAGGAGACUCUGAGGAUGAGGUCCUUGCAGAGCUGCAGAAGAGACAAGCAGAACUCAAAGCCCUGACCGCUCACAACCGAGCCAGAAAGCAGGAGCUGCUACGGUUGGCAAAAGAGGAGAUGCGCAAACAGGAGUUAAGGCAGAGAGUCAGGGUGUCUGACAAUGAGGUGAUGGAGGCGUUCCGGCGAAUCAUGGCAGCCAGGCAGAAGAAACGUACCCCAACUAAGAAGGAGAAAGAUCAGGCCUGGAAAGCACUGAAGGAGAGAGAAAGCAUUCUCAAAUUACUGGAUGGAUAGAGGAAACCACAGUUUCUGUGGUGAAAAAAAUAUUGGAAGAAACCUCUUCAAUCUAACACACAGCUCGAACAGCUGUCAGUUGCAUCAAAGGCCUCUUUCAGGCUUCCCUGUCCGUUGAUCUGCCGGCAACUGGACACGCCGGCUUCAUGAUAGAACACAGACCAUGCUAACUUUUGGGAAUUGGAAAUGGUCAAAAUGACUUUAUUCUUACUGUAAAUAGAAAUGAAUAUAACUUGUUAUUGCAUGGUAUUUUCUAGUGGGUUGGGCUGAGCAACUCGCAAAUAUGCACUGUGCACAUGCAGUCAUGUUAACUCUGCAGCAAACAGUCUCACUUGUGUCACUCAGCCUGACCUAGUGGCAUUACCGUUGCAAUGCAGGCUCCUCACUGAUGUAUGAAGCCACGUGUUCAGAUUCCUGCAAUUAAAUGGAAGGUAUGUGAAAGAGGCCAGUGAUGUAACAUACCAUUUAUUACAGCUCUGCAUGAUUUAGGUAGGGACGUUUCUGUAGUUGUUUUUGUUCCAUGUGAUGUACAGCAGAGCAAUCAUCGGAUCAGUAACAUUCAGCAUGCAUCUCUGAGUUUUAUACUGUUGUUUGGAACGUUUUUCUUUGUUGGUUCAUUUUUAUUAUUUUUUUUUUUUUACAUUUUUUAAAUUUCAGCUGCCAUUGUAAUGCUGUGAAAAGAAUACAUCAGUACAAUUUAAGAACAGGUUUUGUAUAUGUUAAAAAAAAAACCAGACAAGAUGCUGCAGUGUGUGCAGCAACAUCUCGUCCCUUCAGUGCUAACAGUGGGUCCGCCCGGAGCAAAAAAAA